CGAAAGGGCCAUCGACGGUCACACUUCUCGCGAUUUUUGUUGUAAAAUUGUUUUUGUUGUGCUUGCUUGCAUAAAACUGCGAGUUCCAAGUGAAAUAUCUAUUGUUGUGGCCUGGAAAUGUCAAACAAUUAGUGAGCAGUGGUCCCCGUCCCAAAUCCGCAGCAAGCAGGUGCCAAACCCAUGCGAUCGGCUAAAACAAACCAAUGACGUCGCGAAUCUGAGGCGACAAAGAGCAGCAGGAGGAAAGUGGUCGCCGUACACCCGUAUUGUGUCAGUGUAAUCAGUAUUAGCAGCAUUAGCAGUCCGGAUUGAACACACCAGUCAAACGAACACCCCCACUGACCGACACAGAAACAUGUGCUAGACCUCCUCGAAAUGGGAUCACGUAUCAAAAAUGACGUGAAGAAGCUCUUCGAGUUCUGGUGCGAGGUCUCGCCGACGCCGGGAUUAGAGAGGGGCACUAGUUCCAGGAGCGGUGGGCCAGCUGCUCCCGCCGGCGUGAUUGUAGAGAGCUUUCCCGAGGGAUUCCGCGACCAGGAGGUGCUCACCGGCAUCCCAUCGUUUGCAUUCCCCUGCGACAUAACAAGUACUUACCUAUAUAUCCACAGCACCUCGGUGCAGACAUAUUCCUUUGUGCACACUACUGGCGAUUCGAAAUGGCGCUUUGGCUUCUGUCGACAGGAUCCGCGGACGAAUACGGCCAUGGUGCUGAUAACCUACCUGCCGUGGCACGACACCUUCCUGAAGCUGUUACCCGUUCUCGGCGAGCUAAAGCGAACGGAUCCCAAUGGGUUUCGCACCUUCCUUUCCGAGGCCUAUAACCAGGGGAUCCCGGAUAGUGGCGGCAGCCUUAAAGUUUAUUACAGCGCAGGGCAGAGUCACUUCACCUUUGAACGCCCACUGCAGUUCCAGUUGCCCAGCAUGCCAGAAAAUCACAACUUGAAUUUGUACUACAACUUCGUUGAGCCCAAGGAGAUGAUUGCCGUGUUUGCCGCCAUGCUGGCCGAGCGUCGAAUCAUCUUCACCUCGAGACACCUGGACAGGCUAUCCUCGUGCAUUCAGGCGGCCAAUGCAUUUCUAUAUCCCAUGGUCUGGCAGCACAUCUUUAUACCGGUGUUGCCGUGGGAGUUCAAAGACUACCUGGGUGCGCCCAUGCCAUAUCUGAUUGGCGUGCCAGAACCAGUGCUCGAAACCGUCACCAGCGAUGAGCUGGGUGAAGUUGUGAUUCUAAACUGUGAUACGAAAAUAUUUGAAAGCCCAUUCGACGAUGUGCACAAUCUGCCGACGGAGAUCGUCUCACAGCUGAAGAAGCAUCUGAAUCACACGCACGACCACAUUGGCGACCGCAUCUCGAAGAUCUUCCUAAACGCACUGGUGCAGCUCAUCGGUGGCUAUCGGGACGCGGUCGAGUACCACGAGAACAGCAAGACCUUUAAUUCCCAAAAAUUCAUUGAAUCUCGGCCGGCGCAUCUGCGCCCCUUUCUUGCCAAAAUGAUGGAUCUGCAAAUCUUUGCGCAGUUCAUUGACGAUCGCCUAAAGAUGCUCAACAGCGGACUUGGCUUCUCGGACGAGUUCGAGUUGGAGACGGUGCGCUAUGCGGAAAAGAAGAAGCGCGGGCGAAACUAUGCCAUCAUGAAGAACUUAAAGGACAAGACUAAUCCGGCUGUAAAGUCUGCCGUCAAAUCGGUAAAGGAGGGCUCGCGGGGCAUGAAGACCGCCUACAAGGGAUUCAAGACAAAGCUGCGCGAGAACGGAAACCAGUUUGGUGGUACGCACUUCCACUUUGGACUUGGAUCUCCAAAUCAUUCGGAUCGUCCAGACGGCACCAGCGGAGGAUACGUUCGUGGUGGCAAGGCCAUUGGGGCUGCCCACCACUCGGCGCCCAGUUCUCCAGUGACCAGCAAGCGUCUUGAUGGAAUUGCCUCGGUUACGACAAGCAGCGAGAGCGGUGGAUCCGUCGCCAGGGAGCCGCGAGAGUUCUUGCGACGCGGUCCUGUCCCGCUGGCCAUGUCUAGCUCGAGCAGCCACAUUCAGCCGAACGGCCAUGCGUACGGUUCGAGUGCUGGGGCUCAUUAUGGUCAUCACCUCGCUGCGUCUCCUGCUGUUAGCUCGGCGAGUUCGUUGUGCUCAUCUUCGGAGAUGAACCUUUCGCAGGAACUCCAGAACCAUCCGCUUUUCAAGACACCGGCAGUGGACCGCAGUCUUAAGCCGAAUGCAGAGCACAGGCGAGGAGCAGCACCGCCAGCCCGUCCACCGCCCCCUCAGUCUACGCCCGCCUCCUACUACAAUCAUCCGUAUGCCGCGCAUCCGCACGUGGAGACGAAGCCGCCAAGGCACACUUCCACACCCACCAGACCGCGUCAGCCCCUGCCCACCGCCGAUUCCAGCAACUUUGAUAGCCCGCCGGACGUGCAAUCUCCCCCGAUUCCGCCCCGGAGGCAUGGCAGCUCGAAUGCGAUUGUAGCGGCCACAGCUGCAGCCGUCAGUGCGGAGAUUAACAAACUGGAACGUAACUGCUGGAAGGACGAGCCUACCGGAAAUGACUCAGUACGCAUUUCAAACGCAUCCUCAUCAUCGACAACCUCGUCCUCCUCGGGCGCAUCGUUUGUGACGGCGGCGUCGACGUUGUCGCAUCUUAAUGUGUCCGAUCCGCCCAUUCCGACACCGCGGGCCAAGAGAGAGCAGCACCAGCCACUGGAGGACAGCAUGAAUGAUCUGAUAUCGCUGGACGAUAGCAACAACACCAGCUUCGACCUGGAGGACUUCGAUCCGCUGAAUCAGAAUGCUCGUCCGCUGCCGCCGCUCAGCACGGCGUUUGGCAAGAAGUGCAACACACUGCCUGCUGGCGUCAACAGCAGUGUGGUGACCAGCAGUGUCAGCAAUCCACUGUACCCGUAUUUUGCGCCCAAGCACAUGGCCACGGUGGCUGCUGUGACGGGACGGACGCCAUCGAUGCAUGCACCGCCGCAGAUCCAGCGCAACACCAUUGCCGCCAAACCUGACGACGACUUCGAGCUGCUCCGCAAGUACGGUCUGGACCAGUUCUCACUGAACGCCAACGGAACGGAGAAGCCGCAGCAGCUCACAAUCGGAAAGGGCAUGAACAACUGGACAACAUUCGAUUAAAGGGACAGAACUGGACAGCCCGCUUCAAAUAUGAUACCAAAAUAAGUGUGAUCGAUACAUUGUGUUGUAAAUAGCUAGGAGAGAUAGGCAAAAUCAAGAAUGGGAGACCGAUUACAGUAAAAUAACCCCUAAAUACCCAGCAUUGUAUGUCUAAAGUUGCCCCGAUCAGCAGAGGAUCCAAUUAAAACGCUUGUUUGUGUAAAUAACUGUUUAGUGAAAAGUUUUAACAAUAGCAUGAAUCGGAACCCCCGCUAACUACACAUGCAUACAUAUUGUACACUGGACUUCCAAAUCAAAAGACACGAGAAUCUAGAGUAGCAUGAAUUUAAGCCAAUUAGCCUAACAAAUUACCUAUAAAGCUAAAAUAAAUUCCAAUUAAAUGA